AUGACUGCUAUGUGUGCUGUCAGUAUGAAAAUAAAUUCAGAAUGUUUGUAUGCUAAUACAUUCACAAAUGCGAAUAAAUUAUUAGAAGCUGCUGAACACUUGGCGCAGAGUGGUGAGUGUGAUCCAGAAGAUAUCUAUCAAGUAGCCAGGCUUUUGGAAGACCGGAUACAUGAUUUUGUGGACCGGACAGAAAGAAGGAGGCAGCUCCUUCAUAUGUCAGUGACCUUUCACACUCAUGCCAAAGAGUUGCAAUUGUGGUUUACCGAAUUGAAAGAGAACUUGGAAUCGGACGAGCUGUCAGAGACGGUAGAAGGAAGCGAAGAUUUACUUGACAGAUUCGAACAUCGGCAGCAGAUAACGGUGGAUGCUUGUGUUAAUACAAUAAGCGAGGGACAAAAUUUAAUAGAUGCAUUGAGGCAUGUUGCCAUGGAGACUGGUAACUCUCAUCACAACGCCUAUGGGCACAUAGAUGGAAUUAUCCAUAAUCUGGAGGAAAAUAGACGUGAGCUGGAUAAAUUAUGGGCUUCAAGAAAACUUAAACUUGAACUGUGUUUACAACUUAGACAAUUUGAAAGAGAAGCUUUAGAGCUUUCCACCAGACUUGAGGUAUGGACAACAGAGAUGCAGAACACAGAGCUUGGUCCUGAUAUCACGGCUGCCGAAUAUUUAUUACAGAUGCAUGUUGAGAACGUGUCACAUAUACAAAAUCAAACGUUUGACCUUCUGCAGAGGGGUCAGGAGUUGUACCAAGUACUGGAAACGACUGGUGUGCAAUUAAUGGCCGACAGUCAGUAUGAUGCGCAGACGAGAGUACAAGUGCUCCUAGAAUUUCUACAUGAAAAACAUUUAGACUUAGAAGAUGUAGCUGAAUUGAGACGAGUCAAAUUAGAACAGUGUGCACAUCUUCGACACUUUGAAGCCGAUGCUCAGCAGGUGCUUGGUUGGAUUCGCAAUGGGGAAGCCAUGCUAUCAGCGACAAUCAUUUUACCAACGUCAUUAAAAGAGGCUGAAGAGUUACAGAAAGACCACGAACAAUUUAAAGUUGCAAUUGAGAAAACCCAUUGUAGUGCAACUCAGCUGCAACAGAAGGCUGACACUCUGAUUUUGAGUAAUCACUAUGAUCCUGAGACCAUUCGACUUUGUUCGGACAACAUUGAACAUCGUUGGCAACAGCUAAUUAUGCGAGCUGAGGACCGACACAAACUUGUAACGGCUGCUGUGAAUUUCUACAAAACCUCAGAACAGGUGUGUUCGGUGUUAGAAAGCCUGGAAGUUGAGUACAAACGUGAUGAGGACUGGUGUGGUGGAGGAGAGAAAGGACCAACCAGCGAACAGCACAUAAACCAAAAGAUCACUAAGCACCUUGAGCAGAAGGAAGCCUUUUUGAAGGCCUGUACGUUAGCCAGACGAAACGCUGAAGUCUUUCUGAAAUAUGUGAAUCGAAGCAACUAUAAUCAGCCUGGGACAAUUAUCAACAGGGGUAGUACUGGCCCUGAGAUAACCGUCAAAGGCAUCCUGGAGAAGUUAUUGAAUUUAGAGAAUUCUGUGUUGGAACAUUGGACGCAUAAAAAGAAGAAGCUCGAUCAAUGUCAACAGUAUGUGCUUUUUGAGAAAAGUGCAAAACAGGCAUUAGAUUGGAUCUAUGAUACCGGUGAGUUUUAUCUUUCUACGCAUACCAAUGUUGGUGAGAGUGCCGAAGAGACCGAGUCGUUACUCAAAGAACACAACGAAUUCAAAGGAACUGCUAAGGAAACACGAGAGAAAGUAAAACUACUCAUACAACUAGCGGAUAGUCUUGUUGACAAGGGACACUCACAUGCCAACAGUAUCAAAUCAUGGGUGGACACCGUAGACCAACGUUACAAAGAUUUCUCGCUGCGAAUGGACAAAUACAGAGCCAAUUUAGAGAGUGCUCUGGGCCUAACUACAGAGGAUGAAGAUGGUAAAGAUCUGUCUUUGGACAGUAAAGCACUUGACCCAACAAUUCAGAUCAAACUUCGAGAUGCCGCCAAAGAAUUAAACGAAGAAAAGAGAAAAUCUGCCAGAAAACGAGAGUUUAUAAUGGCUGAGUUGCUGGACACUGAAAGAGCUUACGUCAGAGAUUUGAAAUGCUGCAUCAAGAGUUAUUUAUUUGAAAUGCGUACAUCUCCUGAAGCUCCAGAAGGUCUGAAUGGCAAGGAAGAUAUAGUGUUUGGUAAUAUUGAAGAGAUCUUUGAAUUCCAUGACAGUAUCUUUCUGAGAGAAUUAGAGAAAUAUGAAGUGUUCCCUGAAGACGUGGGUCAUUGCUUUGUAACAUGGGCUGAUAAAUUCAACAUGUACGUGUCAUACUGCAAGAACCACGCUGUCUCCAAUAAGCUGCUGGUAGAACAAGCUGGUACAUUUUUUGAGGAGGUUCAAAAACGGCAUGGUUUAGGACUGUCUAUUCAGGCUUACUUAAUCAAACCAGUGCAAAGAUUGACAAAGUAUCAACUUAUUUUUAAGCAAUUUUUAACUUGUUGUGAGGAAGGAAAAGGUGAAAUCAGCGAUGGUUUGGAUGUUAUGGUAAAUGUGCCCAAAAGAGCUAAUGAUGCAAUGCAUCUUAGUCUGCUAGAUGGUUUUGAUGAAAACCUGGAAGCUCAAGGAGAAGUAAUACUACAAGAUUCCUUCCAAGUAUGGGACCCUAAGCAGAUCAUACGCAAAGGACGAGAUCGCCACAUCUUCCUAUUUGAAAUGCUUGUUGUCUUUAGCAAGCAAGUCAAAGACAGCAACGGGAAAUCCAAAUACAUAUACAAGAGUAAACUUAACACAUCUGAUAUAGGAAUAACCGAACAUAUAGAAGGAGAUUCUUGUAAAUUAGCUUUGUGGACCGGUAGACAACCUACAUCAGAUAAUAGAAUUGUACUUAAGGCAUCCAGCCUAGACGCUAAGCAGGAGUGGGUGAAGAAACUCCGCGAAGUUAUUCAAGAGAGACAAGUUCAUUUACGAGGAGCUUUAAAGGAUACUAUCCGCCAACCGAGAACAACUUUUCUGAAAUCUAACAGACUCACUGCCACUCCAAAACCUGCCAGAGAUACAAGUUCAGAAGAUAUUGACAGUCUGACCGAGAGCGAACACCACCUUGACUUGCGACAACAUCACCAUCAUCUCCAAGUUAGUCCUGUAGACCAACAAGAGACGGCAUCUAUCACCUCGGUUUCUACAUCAAAUACCAAUAACACAGCUGAUAGCGAUAAGAUUGGUAGCCGCUCCAGUGCUGAACUAACAAUUAUAAUAGAAGAUUACGAAGCCAGAUCCUCCCAGGAGUUAUCCGUCAAAAAGGGCCAAACAGUAGAAGUGUUAGAAAGGUCAGACAGUCAAUCCGACUGGUAUCUUGUCAGAUCCUUGUCCGUGGAAAACUGUUCGACUCAGGAAGGCAUAGUCCCCAUUCGUACGCUAGGAGCUAGUAACUGUGUUAGAAUGGAAAACGAAGACGUUCCGGUCACCCCGUGUGCUUCCAGUGACGGCAGUACUUCGGCAAGUACAUAUUCUGUGAAUCAAAAUACAUCACCAAGUAACAAGAGAAGAGGAAGCUUAAGGAAGUGGCUAACCAGUCCCGUCAGAAAACUAAGUGGAGGCAAAAUGGAUAAAAUUGAUAUAGCAAAAAAUAGGAAAGGUUCUAGCGGCAGUACGACGUCCGCUACAUCAGCUAGCGUGACAACAGCAAACAAGGCAAAGUAUAAGCAACUUCUUGGUGCUGCAAAUAAUGAUACUAGUGCUGCAAGAGAUGAACCACCCCUAGCACAACCAGAAGAUUUAGCUGAAGAGGAGAGAGUGUCGAGCAGUCGUGAAGACCUUUCACCUGAGAUCGCGGCCAAGAAGCUCCCAGAGCAGAAUGGCGAAGAAGAGGACGGCUACGAAACAGAAACCCCACUGCCACCACCUAUGGAAAUCCAGAGUUUGCAAUUCACUCAAGUACUAACACAAGAGGAAGCUCAGCGACAGUCCAUUUCUUCCAUCAAAUCAACCGGUUCAUCAUCAGACCUGGCCAGCUCCACCGACCUGGCAACCGAGAUUGAACAAAUAGUCAGGCAAAGAAUGCAACAGGAAGAAGAUCUGGAGGCAAGUCAGGAAGCAGACGAAGUAGAUGCUGAAGCCAAUCUUCUGAACGAAGAGGUGGAUUCUGAGGAAGAAGAAAAGCAGGAAGAGUUGGAAAAACAAGAAACUGAGGCAACUGAAGAGGAUGCUGAGAAUGAGGAGGAAGCGAGGGGGCCAGUCACUGAAGCGGAAGAAAUUGCUCUGGCUGAAAAGAAGAAAAAAGAUGCUGAGCAGAAACGACAAUUUAUUCUUCAAGAGUUGGUUCAGACGGAAAUAGACUACGUAGCAGAUCUUGGAAAAUUAGUCGAGGGUUACAUGAAACUGAUGAAGGAUGAGCCGCUGCCAAGUGGACUUGAAGAUGGCCGAGACAAAAUGGUUUUCGGAAAUAUUCGUCAAAUUUAUGACUGGCAUAAAGAAACAUUUUGCAAAGAGAUAGAAAGCUGUCAAGAGAAUCCUGAAAAACUUCCAGCAAUUUUUCUUAGAUAUGAGAGGAGACUACAGAUGUAUGUUAUAUAUUGUCAAAAUAAAGCCAAAUCAGAGUAUAUAGUUUCAGAAUUUGAGAAUUUCUUUUCUGAAUGUAAAGCAAAAUUAGGACACAAAUUAGCUAUAUCUGAUCUGCUUAUUAAGCCUGUACAAAGGAUUAUGAAAUAUCAACUUUUAAUCAAGGAUUUUUUAAAGCAAAGUAAAAAGAUGGGUAUUGAUUGUAAAGAAUUAGAAAAAGCUUACGAUAUCAUGUGUGUAGUUCCUAAAAGGGCAAAUGAUAUGAUGGCACUCGGAAGGCUUCAAGGUUGGGAUGGUAAAAUCACAGCGCAGGGUAAACUACUCCGUCAAGAUACCCUUCUCGUCUCAGAGGGAAUUUCAAGUUUACAACAUUUCAAGGGAAAAGAAAGGAGAAUGUUCUUUUUCGAGCAGAUGAUCUUGUUCAGUGAGGAACUGGAGAAGAAGAAGGGGUCACUUUAUCACCCUGGUUUUGUGUAUAAAAAUAGUGCCAAGGUGAACACCUUGACCCUUCAAGAUAUCAAAGACGAUCCCGUCAGAUUCUGCCUCAAAGCGCGUACGAAGGAAGGUUCGGAAACAUUUGUGAUCCAGACAGUGUCGCCGGAAAGCAAGCAACAGUGGGUGAAAGAGAUUGGAGGGCUAUUAGAUAAACAGCAAAACUUUCUUAGAGCUCUUCAAUCACCAAUAGAGUACCAGAGGGAAAUGGAAGGAGGUGCAAGUGCUAGGAAUAGUUGGGGAUUAGGACUUGAAAUGUCGGGACACGCAAGGUCUGCAUCACAGCCAGCCACGAACACAGGAUCACUGCGUAAAAACGAGUCAGGAGCUACCAAGAAGCAACAGAAGAAGGGGUCACCAGCACGAGCCGGGAAAUCUGCUCAAUCUCGGGAACAUAGACGCCAUCAAACCAUGCCCGCCGGGAUCACAAUUAGUGAACUUGCCGAUAGCGGCGUCUUGCCAGCAACUUGUAAGAAACUUUCCGAGGGGAGGAAAUCGGUCCCAAGUGAGGAGACACGAAUAACAAAAAGUGACAAACUUAAAGUCGGUGGGGAAGUACGUAAAAACUCUCUGCAGAUGGAAAAAACGUCAAGCUCACCGACCGUUAAAAGGAAAUUCUUUGAUGGACUUAUGCAGUCUUUCAGGAAACCCAAAAGUGAGAGUCCAUGUCCAUCACCGGUGCCGCGGGACUCAUCACCAAAACCUACGGGACGGUGUUCUAUGGAGUCGUCACCUGUUAAAAUAAGAACUCGUGAACAUGAAGAGGUGAAACGUCAUAGUAGUGCGUCUUUUGACAAUAGACUUAGUUACACUUCAACUUCCAGCACAGAGCAAGAGGAGGCCUCAGGUGAGCCGAACGUGACGUAUGUUCCUGUUAUAAUGAACUACUCCGCUGUAAAAGAAGACGAGAUUUCUGUGCAAAAGAGUGAGAUUGUACAAAUACUGGCUGCCAACCAAUACAGCAUGUACUUAGUUCAUAGGCCAGCCAAUCAACUCUCCCCGGCCGCUGAAGGUUGGAUCCCAGGUUAUGUACUCGGGCACGAAAAGGAGAAUGUUCCACUAGAAGGCGGUGUCGGUGACAACAGCACAUUGAAUCGGAGGUCGUGGACGAGUGCUCACAAAAUGCGCAAGAGUAAGAAAGAAGAGCUGAGAUUGGCCAGGAAUUCUGAUAGCGAUGUGGCGAUGAUAAGACGCAGAAUGUCACUUGAGAGGGAUGACCUGUAUGGGUCAAAGGUCACAGUCAAGAUACCAUACUGUGAUGAAGAGUAUAGCAGGCCAAACUUGGGGGUUCUGUUAAGGGCACUGUUCAGUUCACGUCUUGAUCCGAUGGAUUCUUUGGUAAAUAUUGAUAAUAAAAAGGCUGUUAAAGGACCAUGCUGUAAGCCAGGUGCACCUGGUCGACCUAGAGUACAGGAAAAGCCAGGUGGUUGUGUGCUUGUCCAAUGGGAUCCACCGUACCAUACUGGUAAUAGCACUAUCACUGCUUAUACGAUAGAAUACAUGGAACAGACGUUAGGAAAGAAUCCCAGUAAAUGGCAGCUAGCAGUGGUUGCGGCUGUGGAUCUGCAGUUUAUGAUGGAGGAUCUCAAUGCCGGUACUUCGUAUCGAUUUCGAAUCAGUGCACAUAAUGAUAUUGGUAUCAGUCCACCAAGCGAUCCCUCAGAACUGGUCACAAUAUCAGAAGUUGAUGGUUCAGGCGAUCAUCCUAUCCAGUGGCAAACAAAUUUUGAUUCUGUCUUUUCAGAAAUGGCUGAAAUAGGAAGGGGGAGGUUUUCUUUUGUACGUAAAUGUGUCCAGCUGACGACGGGGAGGGAUGUUGCUGCUAAAUUAAUCAGCAAGAAACUCACCACAGUUGACAGGGUAGAGAAUGAAAUAGCUAUUCUAAGAAGUCUGCAGCACCCCCAUAUUUGUGAAUACUAUGAUGCUUUUGAUACAGCCAUGAAUUUGAUAUUGAUACUAGAAUUAAUUCCAAAUGGACGAUUGUUUGACUACAUCGUGAGUAAGCCAUUAUUUACCGAGAGUAUAGCAGUAGGUUAUCUACACCAGAUGAUAAGUGCAAUAGAAUACUUACAUAAUUGUAGAAUAUCACAUCUGGACAUAAAGCCAGAAAAUUUUGCAGUGGAAGCCAACAACGUGACGUGUCGAGUGAAACUGAUAGACUUUGGUGAUGCUAUCAACAUUGGUAGUAAAUUGUUUGUUCAUGGUCUGGUUGGUAGUCCGGAAUUCGCAGCACCAGAAUUAGUGAAUGGCCAUCCUGUGUGUCUUAAUACAGAUAUGUGGGGUGUUGGCGUUCUCACAUAUGUUAUGUUGAGUGGUGUCUCCCCAUUCCUGGAUGAGAGCAUCGAAGAGACAUGUGUGAACAUUGCAAAAAUUGACUAUAGUUUCCCUCAGGAGUAUUUCUCAGACAUCAGCCAAGCAGCCACCAACUUCAUUUCUAAUCUGCUGAAAGAAGACCCCGAGGAGAGAUUAUCGGCAAAAGCCUGUCUCGAAAACGCUUGGAUACAAGCAGCCAAUACAAUGUCUGUGAAUGUGGCGAGCUCGUGCCGACUUGAUACCAGUCGACUUAAUGCAUUUAUUGACAGAAGAAAAACACAGAAUGACAUCCGUCCCAUCAGUCCGAUGAAAUCAUUCUAUUUAAUUGGAAUGCAGUCCAGAGUUUAAACUGAUAACUUGAUAUAUGUGCUACCUAACCCACCAAAAUCUGGUUUGAACAAGUUGUCACAGGUGCUAGCUGAAUUGCAGGUUGAAGGAAGUAGUUUAAACUGGUCUAGACUACUGUCAUCAAAUAUGGGCAAAAGUUACAUGGCCAGAUUUUGUAGAAGUAUUGGACAGUAUUAUUGAAUAUUGAUGUUGUUGUCAUGGAUACCACAAUAUUCCAGUUAUGACAAUUACUUUUGCACUCUGCAGAGUUUACAAGACAAUGAGAAUUUAUUUCUUCGACAGAGAACAAUUGAUAAUUAAGAUGUGAGAUUUUCUGGUGAUAUCAUCCAUCAUUUUUUUUUUCUGAAAUGAACAAUUAUCUCUUAUUUUGCUGCCAAAUCAUUGAUAAACUUUACAUUUGAGGGUAACUUUUCUAGGUUUUCUAAUUCAUUAUUGUGCUCUAAUUGCUUGGCAAUAACUUUAGUGGACAUAACUGCUUUCUCUGUGAGGCACUUUUCACCACAUUGUGUCCACUAAUCAAAUUUGUCUUUAUUGAUGUAUGCGUCUUUUUCAUCAUAGCAUUCUGAUCAUGUCUCCUAACUUUUCAGACAACUAUGAUUUUACUUUCAAUCAAUUUUAGACUGAUAUGAUGAAAUUAGUAAAAUUGAUUUGCCCGAAAAUACAUGGCUAAACAUUUCUUUAGAAUUCUGAAGAAAUCACCAAUUUAUUGUUGGGAUAUUUUGAUUUUGAUAGUUGGCAUAUAGAAACAAAAUUUUGGAUGUUUCUUUUAAAAUGAACUUCUGAAUAAAAUGUAUUUAUAAGAUUGAUCACAGCUUUGUGGUGAUUUAGGAAAAUUCCAGAUUUUUUUUUAAAUAACAUUUACAGUGUAAAAUUACUGAAGAAAAUGAACACCAAGUUAGUGAAUAAUUUAAAUUUUUUUGUAAUUUCAUUUCACUAUUGAAAAAGUCAGCUUGGUCAUCGUAAGUUUUUUUUUGAUCCUGCCAUUAGUUUUUACAUUUUCCCCAAACCUAAUUAAUAAUAGUUUUUCCAAAAACGCAAUAUUUCUGAAGCACUUAAUUUUACCAUUGAGGGCGCUUUUUAAAGUGAACAUUUGUCACCUGUGAGGGCGCUUGUCAA